GCUCCAGCCUUUAUUAACCCCAUGCCUCCUCUUCUUCAGCUCUUCUCCAAUUUCACGCUUCAAACAACAAAAACUGGAGGAAAAAAAAAAAAAAAUCCUCCAUUAACAAUGGCCUCAACUGAAUCUCUCUCUCUCUAGACUCAAACCAUGAACUCCCUCUCUCUCCUCCUCCUCCUCCUCCUCCUCCUCCUCCCUCUCCUUUCUCUCUCUAAACCCCCUCCCCCAUUAAACCCUGACCUCCUCGGCCUCAUUGUCUUCAAGUCCUCUCUUUUAGACCCAACCUCAUCUCUCUCCUCAUGGACCCAAGACUCCGACGACCCCUGCAACUGGGCCCACAUCAAAUGCCACCCCGAGUCUCGCCGAGUCGUCGAAAUCUCUCUCUCCUCCCUCGGCCUCUCCGGCAAGCUCAGCCGCAGCCUCCUCAACCUCCAAUCUCUUCAAAAACUCUCCCUUUCCAACAACAACUUCACUGGAUUCUUGAUUCCAGACUUAACCCAGCUCCCAAACCUCACCCACAUUGAUCUGAGCUCCAAUGGGCUCAUUGGAGAGAUACCCACUAAGUUUUUCUCACAAUGUGAGAGCUUGGUCGAUGUCAAUUUGGCUGGUAACAAGUUGUACGGUCAGGUACCAAGCAGCAUUGGCUCUUGCUGGAAUCUUGUAAGUUUCAAUGUUUCGUCGAAUCAUCUCUCUGGGUCUCUGCCUGAUGGGGUUUUGAGUUUGAGCAGUCUCGAAAGUUUCGACGUUUCGAAGAAUUUCAUUGUGGGUGAGAUACCUGAUGGAAUUGGGAAGAUGACCAGUUUGAGGAGUGUUGAUUUUAGUGGGAAUUUGAUGAGUGGGGGGAUUCCUGAUUCAAUGUGGAAGCUUUGGAUGUUGAGUUACUUGAAUUUGGGGUCGAAUUCGUUUUCUGGGAGAGUUCCUGAUUGGAUUGGGGAGAUGAAGUGGUUGAGGGUUUUGGAUUUCUCUGAGAAUGGGUUUGAUGGGUCGAUCCCCGAUUCGAUUGGGGACCUGAAAUUCUUGCAAAGUUUGAAUUUUUCUGGAAAUGGGCUUGUGGGUAAUUUGCCGGAGUCAAUGAGGGAUUGUAGCAGUUUGCUAGAAGCUGAUUUUAGCAGGAAUCAUUUGAUGGGUGAACUCCCUUCAUGGCUUUUUGAGCUGGGUUUGCAAAAAAUUUUCAUUUCAGGAAAUAAAUUUAGUGGCAAAGUUCAGUUUUCAAAUUCUCUGGGUCAGUCUCUGUUGGAACUGGAUUUGUCCGGGAAUGAGUUUUCUGGUGAGAUCCCAAUGGAGAUUGGGGGACUGUGGAAACUGGAGCUGUUGAAUUUGUCGGCGAAUUUGUUUUCGGGUGGGAUUCCAUCGAGUUUGGGGGAAUUGAAGUCAUUGGAAGUGGUUGAUCUCAGUGUCAAUAGAUUGAAUGGGAGCAUUCCGUUAGAGAUCGCAGGAGCUGCUUCAUUGCAGGAGUUGAGGCUGCAGAAGAAUUUUCUCAAUGGAGGAAUCCCAAGUCAGAUUGGGAACUGUUCUUCUCUCACUUCUUUGAUACUGUCACAGAACAAGCUCACAGGCUCAAUACCCACAUCCUUAGCAAACCUCACUAACCUUGAAACUGUAGACCUCUCCUUCAACAGCCUUCAAGGCUCUCUCCCAAAGAACCUCUCCAAUCUCCCCCAUCUUCUCUCCUUCAACAUCUCCCACAAUAACUUCUCUGGUCCCAUUCCCCCGAGCAAUUUCUUCAAUACAAUCCCCCCAUCAUCUCUCUCAGGCAAUCCCGGCCUCUGUGGUUCUGCUGUCAACAUCUCAUGCCCUGGUGUCCUCCCGAAACCUAUCGUCCUCAAUCCUAAUUCUUCCUCACAAAACCCGAACACUAACUCCGGUAUCACUUCUGCCAACAUCCGACACAAAAAGAUCAUUUUGAGCAUAUCUGCGAUUGUUGCCAUUGGCGCUGCUGCCCUCAUUGUCCUCGGUAUCAUCACCAUCACCAUCCUAAACCUUCACGCACGAUCCCAUUCAAGUUCCCCCUCUGCUGCGGGCUUGGCACCCCCCAGUGACUACAGUGGCUCACCUGCCAACACAGACGCGAACUCUGGCAAGCUCGUUAUGUUCUCUGGUGACAAGCCUGAGUUUGCCUCUGGCGCUCAUACUAUACUCAACAAGGAGUCUGAGCUCGGUCGUGGAGGCUUUGGCACGGUCUACAAGACUGUUCUGCCUGAUGGCCGACCUGUGGCCAUCAAGAAGCUCACUGUCUCAAGUCUAGUGAAAUCCCAAGCAGAGUUUGAGAGAGAGAUCAAGAAAAUCGGCAAAAUGAGGCACCCAAAUCUCGUAUCCCUCCAAGGCUAUUACUGGACUCCGUCGCUGCAGCUCCUCAUCUACGAGUUCGUCUCUGGUGAGAGCUUGCACAAAGUUCUCCAUGAGAACUCAGCGGCACAAUCUCUCACUUGGAAUGAGCGGUUCGAUAUAAUUGUUGCCACUGCAAAGAGCCUCGCUCAUCUACACCGCCACAACAUUAUUCACUACAAUUUGAAAUCAAGCAAUGUUCUAAUCGAUGGCUCUGGUGAGCCAAAGGUCGGAGAUUAUGGUCUCGCGAGGCUGUUGCCAAUGCUGGACCGUUACGUUUUGAGCAACAAGAUACAGAGUGCAUUAGGUUACAUGGCGCCUGAAUUUGCCUGUGGAACUGUGAAGAUAACAGAUAAAUGUGAUGUAUAUGGAUUCGGUGUCUUAUUAUUAGAGGUUGUAACGGGGAGAAGGCCCGUGGAGUACACAGAGGACGAUGUGGUAGUUCUGUGUGAUACAGUGAGGGGUUUGGUCGAGGGAGGGAGAGCGGAGGAUUGUGUCGAUGGGAGGAUUGGGGGGAAGUUUCCGGUGGACGAGGUGGUGCCAGUGGUGAAACUAGGGUUGAUUUGUACAUCGCAGGUGCCAUCGAAUCGACCGGAGAUGGGUGAGGUUGUCAAGAUUCUAGAGAUGAUCAGAUGUCCUGGUCAGGAUGAACUGAGUUCAGGUUAAUUGUGUUUACCCCUUUUGUUCCUUGUAUGUUCAAAUGUUACUUGGGUAAGUUGCUCAUAGACCCCUGUAGUAUCUCGGUUUUCAACUUACCACCCCAGUAGUUUCAUAGUUGAAGAUUAGACCCUCUAGGUUAAUAUUUUCUCACACUUUUAGCCUUGGUGAAAAUUUAGAACAUAUUAAAGUUAACCCGAGGGUCUAUCUGCAACAAUGAAACUAUGGGAGUUGUACGAAACAACGAUACUACAGGGGUCCAUAUGCAAUUAACCCGAAAGAGUUGAUGAGUGAAUGUAGGAGAUAGGAGAAUUUGCUUGCUAAGGAGGAAAAGAUGCAUGUAACAUAUUAGCAGAAUGAAUUUAUGAGAUGUGUCACUGCAUUUGAGAACCUGAGCAGAAGGGAUAUGAGUAACUAUUCUCUUACCAAAUGCUCCUUGAUUUA